AUAAUACUAAUGAGUUUUAUGAAUGUGAGAAUCAAAGAUUAGAUUUAAUGUUUCAUAUUGAAUUGUUGUCUUUGCAUAAUAUUAUUUUAAAGGAUAAAGAAUCGCAAAAAAAAAAUAUUGAAUUUGAAAUUGAUUAUCACAUUGUUUCUCUUGUUUCUGAUAGAGAUGGUUAUUCAUGA